GAGGACGCCGUGGUGCCUCUCAAGCCACUCCUUAAAUCCAAAUCGUACGGCGGUAAUCCGGCAAAGAGGUUCGCCGCCUUCACGAAGAUAGUGCGAUAUCUACGGAUCACCCGGAGAGUCAUGACCCUCUGGGACGUGAGCAGCGCCCGAGGCCGCUGCAUCAGGUUCGGGGCACACACAAGGGCGCCGUAGACAGCCGUAGAUCGCACGAUCCCCGCGUAUAACUUCCUAUCCCACAUCCUUAGAGGUGGAUUAAAACUAGAGAGCGCACUAUUUUUUUUAAUAGGCAAGCUUCUCAUUAUAUCUAUGCCUAAGUUUUAUUGGCGUCCCGUAACUCUGACAGGGCAGACUGGCAGGGGUUCCCAACCUUUUCUCGAUCAAGGACCACAUUUUUAAUAGAUUAGGGAGUAAUAUUACUAUUUUUUAUCUUCUGGUCCCACAUAAAAUUUCCUCCAGUUGUGGGCUUCGUUUUCAUAAAAAAAAAAUAACUGAUUAUGAGUGAGUUUUAUCACCGGUUAAAUUAGGAACCAAUACUCUAGGCAGUGGCAGGGCAGUGGGGUACGCACGUCUCAGGGCACCCCCCUGUAUCCUGACUCCCCAGGCACUUGCCAGUUUGCCUUUAUUUUUUCGAGGGAGAAAAUCUACCAAUUACUUCUUUCGCCUUAGGCGAGGCGAGAGGGAGUGUCAGCCUCUUACUAAUUAAAAACCACCCUGUUCCUACUCCUGCUUCUCGAGCUGGAUCCACGGUAAAGCCGCUAGGCAGUCCGCAGCUCCGGAUCAGGCAAUAACCCUCCUGCCAGUUUGCCUUAGGGAUAAUACGGCUCUGUACGUCCCACUGUUAAUAAAAGGUGGCUACUCUGCAGACAAGAAAAGGGCAGUACCUAUAAUCACCCUACUACUCUAUAGCUAUUCCGGCGAAAGGCAAGCUUCGCUCUAGCAGCGUCGCGCCCGCCCCGCAGAUUGGUCAGCUUUGAUUCAUUAGAUAUGUAUCUGGAUUCUCGACGACACAACCACGAACACUACUCUUUUUUUUAUGAAACACGCCGGUAAUUACCUGAUGGUAAGCAAUCGCCGCCGCCCAUGGACACUUGAAACACCAGAGGCGUUACAACAAGUGCGUUGCCGGCUUUUUGGGAGUUAGGUAUUUAAGGGUUGUUGUUCGGGAAUCUGAGAUGGGGAAGAUUGGGAAGGGGGGAAUUGGGCCUCCGGUAACCUCACUCACACAACAAAACACAACGCAAGCGUUGUUUUACGUCGGUUUUCUGUGAGGCCGUGGUAUCACUCCGGUCGAGCCGGCCCAUUCGUGCCGAAGCAUGGCUCUCCCACACUCAGCAGUUAUGUAAAAAAAACGCGAAUUGCCGCUAGUUUCGAGAACGGGCCUCUUCUGCCCUUCACCAAAGGCAGGAGAAGUUAUUGCAUGAUUUUCUGCUUAAAAAGGUAAUCAUCAUAAUAUAGGUAGGUAUUCACUAAUUAUAUCAUCUCAUAUUUUUAACCGAAUUCCCAAAAAGGAGGAGGUUCUUAAGUCGUCUCUCUAUUUUAUUUAUUAUUAGGUAACUGAUACGCUAGCUACUUCUGCGUGGUUUAACCGCUGCCCGGCUCCUGUUGCUCAUAGCGUGAUUUUUUAAAGCUACUUAGCCUCUGCUAGCCGCUUCGCCCGCAUUCAAAGGGGAUAAAAAGUAGCCAAGUGUUAUUUCAGACCAUAAUUUACUGUUACAACUUUAUCCCGAUCCCUUCAGCCGUUUUGACGUGAUUGAGUAACAAACACACACAAUUUUUUGCAACUAUAAUAGUAACACAACGAAAAAGUUUGCAAGUACAUGAAAAUCCUUCCUAAAAACAGACCAAAGAGCAGACGCCUAGGUAAGAAGCAAUCAAAAUCUCAAAAUGUAACAAUGACAGGAAAACAGUCGAGUAGCAAUAUAUUCAAAAUUUUAGUAUAGGUAUAUGAUAUUAACAAGGCGGCGAAGCAUGCUCCGGUCGGCGUCCGUGGAGCUGCGAGUGGCAUGCCGGCCGCGGGGCAUGUCGCGCGCGGCGCGGUCGGCGCGGCCCGCGUCCGCGCUGCAGCCGCAGUGCGCCGUGUACCCGCGCGCCCCGCGCAACGAGCGCGUGCUGGAGCACUGUGUUGGUACCAAGGAGCGCGAAUGCCUCGCACACGAACUCACCAUGCUCACUCGCAACCCUGACACUAUUCCCAUUGUUUUAAGCCCAGACACACCGAGUUAUGGUGAUUGCUGUUCCCAGAUGAUGCCUUUUGAUCAUCAACUGGUCGCUGCGUAUUUCCACCGUGCUUCGCCGGCUACUAUAACGCAAGCUAUUGAGCUGGCUACCGCUUGUCAACCUAGUUGGGAGCGCACCUCGGUCGAUGAACGUUGCGGUGUGCUCGAGCGCGCUACUGACCUGCUCGCUGGGGUUUUUCGCCAGCGGGUGAUCGCGGCCGCCAUGAUCGGCCAGGGCAUGACUGCUAUCCAGGCUGAACUUAACGUGUGUCAACUGAUUGAUUAUUUGCGGUUCGGAUGCUAUUUUAUGAGAGAACUAACGAGGAAUAAAAGCCUGAUCGACGGUGGUGAUGAUGCGAUCAAUCAUAACCAAUAUCACGGGCUCGAAGGGUUUUGGGCCGCGAUAACGCCUUACAAUUCGCUUGCUUACGCUGCACAGCUGGCGAUAAUGCCGACGAUCAUAGGGAAUUGUGUCGUGUGGAAACCUAGUGACCACUCGGUGCUCGCUUGCUAUCGCGUGUUCGAGUGCCUGCAGUGCGCGGGCCUGCCUCCCGGCGUCAUCAACUUUGUGCCAGCUGACGAGAAAUGUUUCCUGGAAGCCGUGUGCUCUAACACAGAUCUCGCGGGUAUUUCGUUCGGCGGGACGACUCGCACUCUCGAGCACAUUUGGCGCACAGUCGGCGCGCACAUUGACAAGUACUUACGUUUCCCUCGGAUCGUCGGUACCGGGAGCGGCAAGAACUUCCACGUGGUGCACUCGUCGGCGAACUUGGCGAACGCGGUGGCGUGCACAGCGCGAGCGGCUUUCGAGAUGGCGGGGCAGAAAUCGUCGUCGUGCUCCCGCGUGUUCGUGGCCCAGUCGGUGCUGGACCGGUUCACACAAUGCCUCGCACAAGUGGCGCAGUCCCUCGUGGUCUGCCAUCCUCUCGACUACCGAUGUUUCAUGUCUGCGCUCGCGUCGCAAGACGCUUAUGACAAGGUGUAUGGGUUCCUGGAGAGAGCCUGCCGGGACAGCGCGGUCCGGCUGGUGUGCGGCGGGCGCACGGACCGCGGCGUGGGCUACUUCGUGGAGCCCACGGUGUACGUGGUGCCGGAGCCCACGCACGAGCUCAUGUGCGAGGAGCUGCGCGGGCCCGUGCUCGCUGUGUGCGGCUUCCCGGACGAUGACCGCGAGGCUCUCGUGUGGGCUGUCGCCCAGACACAAUACGCCAUUACUGGAUCUAUAUUCGCACGAUCGAGUGGGUGUGCAGGACACGCGCUGGGCGCAGUGGGCGGCGGGCGCGCUGCGCGAGUACUCGGCCGCGCUCUACCUCAACGCGCGCUGCUCCGAGGACACGCCCGGCCAGCAGGCCGUCGGCGGCACGCGCAAGUCCGCCGCCGGCGGGGGCAAGGCGGGGUCCAUGUCGUACCUGCUGCAGUUCGCGACGGAGCGCUCCAUCCGCGAGGCGCUGCACGCGUGCACGGACGUCACGUACUCGUACAUGGACGAGACGCCGCCCGUGGUCGUGCUCAAGUGACGCUAGGACAUAGUUUGUGUUGUUCCGUGAAGUCACACGAAGGUAAUAAAACUCUGGCCACAAUGUUUUCUAAAUAUUUUAUUGCAAUUUAG